AUGCUUCCACCCCGAAGCCGCAGGGUUUCAGAUCAGAAGCCCCUAGGCUGUUGGUCGGUUAAACAUGGGCAAAUUAUCACAUGUCCAGUUGUAUGCAACUUUGAAACUGGUGAAUAUAUAGCUGUGCACGAUGACAAGGUUUUAAGAAUAUGGAAGAACAAAGAUGUUAACUUGGACAAAGUAUUUAAAGCAACGCUUUCAGCUGAUGUGUACAGAAUACACUCACUCCCCAAUGGAGGGCCAGUGGUACUAUUCAAAGGAGGUGGUGUUCGAACUUUAGAUGCCCUUUUGGAAGCCCCACAACAAGAAAUUGAAAACGUUAUCUCAGAUGAAGUCAUCAAGUGGAGUGAAGCUUUUAUGGAGGGUCAACAACCUGUCUUAAUAUUCGCUACUGAGAAAGAUGGGGAUUUUUUUGUCUACGUACAGAAACUUAAGAUGAAUGGUCUACACAAAUACAAGCUUGAACAACAGGAAUUAUCUAAACCACUGAGUUUCACGGCACAUAUAAAAAAUCAAAUAAUCACACUUCUGUGUUUGUGUUCCAAUGACUCUGUGUACAAAGUUCUGAUACCUCUGCACCAAAAUACUGACGAGGAAGAGCAAGUUUUGUCCAAGUCACUACUGCUAAACCUUUCAGUACCUGGAAGUGUUCUAAAAGGAACUUCUUUGGUUGUUCUGGAUAAAGACCACGUCGCAGUAUUAGGAAGUCUAGCUGUGUCCGGUGAAGAAUCCAAAGAGUGCCUAACAAUAUGGAAUACAAAAUUUCAGACAUUGCAAACUUCAAAGGAACUGCCCCUGGGAACCAGCGGACAACUGUGGUGUUAUGAGGAAAAAUUUUUUUUUACUCAUGGGAAAGUGCUAACAGUAAUUAUGUACAAGUGUGAAACGUCAUCCUUGGCAGCUGCUGUGGGAAAGCUCAAGGACAGUCAAACCCCUGAUGUGUCUUCGUUUGUAAACUGGAAUACCCUUGCAGAUGAAGAGCUGGUGGUUUCCUUUCAGUCACAGCAGUCUGUAGCUCUAAAAUCUGAGUCCAAAAUGACUUUAAGAUCAAAAAAGAAUGCUGUUGCAAAAGUACAGGCAGAUACCUUAUCUGUUGGACAGCUCUUACUAAAUCUAAAAGAUGCUCCGACAACUGUAUUUGAAGAUGAAUUGAGACAAUUGGUGUCAAAAGCACAGAUGCCAGAUUUCCAAGCCACCAUUGGAUGUGUAGUAACUGCCCUUAUAAACAGAUGUAAAACAAAUCCGAAGUACUACCCUCGAAAUUUCCUGCUACAGAUAGUCCAAACCCGAGACUUGUCUUACAGUUUAUGUCCAGAUUUAAUGGCACUUGCUUUGGAGAAAAAAGAUGUGCAUCUCUUACAAACCUGCUUACAACGGUUUCCAGAUAUUCCUGAAGAAAUUACUUACACUUGCUUGAAAGUAUUUUUAAGCAUUAGUGAAGCCUAUCUUCAAAGAAUAGAUGUGAAUCUAGAAUCUGUAAUCUGUUACAUUGAUAUUGAAUUCAACAAUAAAGAAGUUAAGACUGAAAUUGUAGAAAAUGGUUUCAAUGCAGAGCUGGAACAAGACAUCUGGGAUACUAAAAUCACAAAGGAAACCCAUCUGACGGCUGAUGGUGAAUUCUGCCCUGUUGGACCACAGAAGGCAGCAUUAUUAAAUGCUGUUCUCCAUUCAGCUUACAGUGAAACAUUUCUUUUGCCUCAUCUGAAAAACCUCCCAGCUCAGCAAGCUGUUCUGUUUCUCAGGUAUUUAUACUACCUGUAUGUGAAAUGCAGUGAAAAAAUUAAUACCACUCUUCCCGGAAUACGCUCUCCAACUAUAAAUCAGAUUAUGGAUUGGAUGUGCCUGUUACUUGAUGCUCACUUCACAGUUAUGGUGAUGCUACCAGAAGCAAAACAGUUGCUUUCAAACCUUCAUAAGUUUGUGAGGGCCCAAGUCCGAUUCUACUCCGAACUCAACAAGAUUGAAGGAAGUUUGCGAGAAUUACAAAGACUUAAUCACCAGAAAGACUCUCAGACAUAUUCUAUUGAAGUGCUGGAACUGAUUUGAAUUUGAAAUUAAUUAUUAACAAAUUUAUUUUUUAUUGAUUCCUUUUACAAUGAGGAUGUAUUAGCACUCCAUAUUGGGGAUGUGAAAAGUUGUUUUCUACCUAGGAGGAGCACGGUUACUCUGUAGCUACAUGGGAGUUGUAAGUUUGACACUCAUGUAUUAAAAGCUCUCUUUUUGACUGGAUGAGAAGCUGGAUGCUUGCUUAUAUUUUCAUGUAUAAUUUUGAUAUGCAAACAUAAGAACAUCCUAAAAUGCCACAUGAUUCUUGGCAAAGAAUUAGUAGAAUAUUUGCAGUAAGGCUUUAACAGAUGUUUCAUCAAAUGAAUUGACUUUUUUAUUCGACUUGCUUCUUUUUUACUUAAUAGUUGAAGUCUCUAAUUAGAUUCUUCAGAGUCCUCUCAUCUCCACGCAGGUUAUGAACUAAAGCAAACUCAAAUGAGUUCCAUCUAUUUGGAUUUUUCUAUUUUUAAGUUGUUUUUACUUUGUCCAAGGAUGCCGUUGGCAUUUACAGACUUAUCUUAAACAGGGAAGGGAGCUUAAGUGUAGGUACAGGGUUGUUACCUAACUCACACUGCUUUCUCUCUCCUGUGUGUCACGGUAUCGCAACUUGUUAGUGUACCCUUUCGUGCUUUCCUUUCCAGUCCAACCAGGUCCUCUUAUGCUGCUUUUAAAAAAAAAUUGAGGGAGGGUGUUGUGUGGCAAUUAGUAGCUAAAAUCUUGAAUGACAGUAAUUUAAAGCUGGCUUGAUGCAUCUCAUAUCUGAGAAGAUCACCUGCAUCCAGAAGCUGCAUACAGCUAGGGAGAAGGAAGAGGUAUACAGCAGGAACUAGACUCCUUCCUCAAAUGAAGAAGCAAAGCGUAGGUAUUUAAUAGGAUGUCUUGUUACAGUCUUUAUCUCAGAGGUUGUCAUCAGCUGAAGACAACUGUUUUCUCAAGCAGAGAGACUGCUCCUCUAGAGCAUCCUCUCCUACACAGACUUGCGGAGUGGAGUUACUGGAUUUCAGCAUAACUAGCUGAACUUCAAGACUUCUGCUUUAGAAAUUUCUGAAGCUUUCUGAUGUUGAAAGAUUUAAUCCAAGAUGGUUUCUGCUUCUUAAAUACUCAUCUCUUGAAAUCUUUCCUAUAUACAUUUGAAGCUUCAGAGGAAGGUGAGAGGAGCAUAAAAAUAACAUUCAGGUAAAAUUUAAUGCUGUGGACUUUGGAGUGAGUUUAACGUCUUUAAGCUGACUGUGCAACUGGUAACUGCCAGCACAGCUCAGAGCAAGAAUGGUAUCUUGCCUGUUAGAUUGGAGCAAAGAACUAACCUCGCUGGAAAUAACUUCUCUUUUUGGAUAGUGAUUUUUCUCUGAUAGUGCUGACUUAAGCAUAUGUCACUGGACACAGAGGAGACAUCCAGUUUGAUUUGGAGCAGAAUGUUGGAAAUCAUUGUUUGACUAAAAGGGUCCUUAACCUUUGUCGGGCUAAACUUGCCUGAGAACGAACAACAGCGCUUUCUUCCUUUCUGGCUAGAGCUAGAACACAAGAUUAGCUGAAGUGCUGGGUGCCUAACUUACUGGAGUUUGGCUGUGUGAUUUUGAAGCAGCUGCACACAGUUACAAGCCUUAAGACUCUUGGGAAGUUGACAUGUUCUAGUCAUACACACUGUUACCAGAGGUCAGUACCAAAUGUGUGUAAAAGUAAAGUUUAAAAAACCCACUACAAUGGGCAACUGAAGAAUCAUAUAGACGGGUACUUCUUGGUGCUGGCAGUAGCUGUUUUUAAUUUUCUGAACAAGAAAACUCAUCUCCAAUUGAAAAUAUGAACAUUCUUACCUACAUCAGCGUCUGUUUUCUCCCAAGUACUUUUUCAGAGAGUGAACACCUUCAGCAUAAAUUAACUUCAUCUAUACUGCUCAUUCUAAAGAGCUGAAUUUAGCAUUUCCAAGUAUAUCUUAGCUUUAGAUUUGUUUUGACUAUCCCUCUAAAAAAAUUAAUAAAGUUUUAUGAAGGCAACACUAGUUGAUGGUACUACGGGUUUAAGCAUCUACUGAAUUGUACUUCUGAUUAGGUGUUCAUUUAAAACUGACUUGUUAUAAGCUACUUGUGGGACUGAAUAUACAUCUAAAUGAAAUCAGGGAUGGAGAAAAUGGGACAGAUAAGCAUAAUGCUGGAUUUCUUGAAGUCUAGUAUAAAAUGGAUGGUUGGGGACAGAAACCUUCAGAGAAGACAGACUUCAGUACAUUUUCAGAAUAGCAAGUAAGAUGUUAAAAACUUACUAAUCAUAUGAUUCAUUAUUCAUAUAAUUCAGCAUAUCGGUAUAUUGAUAUACUUUUGGUUUUAAUCAUACUAAAUAAAAUGGUAAUUGGUAAUAUAUUGAAUUACACCAGCA